AUGCGUCUCACCGCCGUGGUUGGACUGCUGUCCGUCCUCUCAGUUGUGCAAGCUACACCGGACCAUCGAUAUCACGAUGCCCACAGGCGAUCUUCAGGCAGCGAGACAGUCACAGAGAGUGCCACCGAAUAUGACUACGUGAUUGUUGGUUCCGGCCCAGGAGGCGGGCCACUUGCGGCACGUCUGGCUAUUGCUGGUUUCAAAGUUCUUCUCUUGGAUGCAGGAGACGAUCAAGGAAAUGCUACCCGGCAGAUGGUUCCUGCCCUUCAGCUCCAAUCUACCGAGUACGAGCCGAUGAGAUGGGACUACUUCGUCAACCACCACCCGAACAUGACCCGCCAGGAACAGGAUUCCAAGAUGACCUACCGGACCCCCUCUGGUAAUCUCCAUGUCGGUAGGAACCCGCCUGCUGGAUCAGACCCUCUUGGUAUUCUGUAUCCUCGAGCGGGAACUUUGGGAGGCUGCUCUGCCCACAACGCCAUGAUCACAAUCUACCCGUACGAGAAUGACUGGGAGCAAAUUGCUGCUCUGACAAGCAAUAAUUCCUGGUCCGCCAAGAACAUGCGUCAGUACUUCGAAAGGCUCGAGCGAAACCGAUACCUUCCCAGUAGCCUCGUUGGCCACGGAUUCGACGGAUGGCUUACAACUAGUCUUACUGAUUUGCGUCUUGUGAUUGAAGACCAGAAGCUCCUGUCUCUCAUUCUUGCUGGUGCGACCGCUGCUGGUCAGUCUCUGCUGGGCAAGCUGAUCACCACGGUCACUGGCCUUGCCGGAGUUCUGCUGCGCGAUUUGAACAACCCUCUUCCAACCCGUGAUUAUGACGAAGGCCCAUACCAAGUUCCUCUAGCGGUGGAUGUCCCCCAGUAUAAGCGAACUGGCCCUCGGGAGUUCCUCAUGACCACUGUUAAUGCGGUCAACGAUGAUGGCUCGCGCAAGUACCACCUCGAUAUUCAACUCAACACCCUAGUGACCAAGGUCCUCUUCGACACAGAUGGAGACAAGCCCCGAGCCACUGGAGUUGAAUAUCUCCUCGGUCAGAGUCUCUAUCGUGCGGAUCCUCGCGCCUCUCAAACAGCAUCCAACGGCAAGCUCGGCAGCGUCAAUGCUACUCGUGAAGUCAUCCUGUCCGCCGGCUCAUUCAACACGCCCCAGUUGCUGAAGCUCAGUGGAAUCGGCCCACAGGAGGAACUGAACAAGUUCAACAUUCCCACACUUGUCGACCUGCCCGGAGUAGGCUCCAACCUGCAGGACAGGUACGAGAUGGGUGUCGUCGGCAAGUCCCCAACCGACUUCGUCCUCACCGAGAAGUGCACAUUUAUGUACUCCAUGCCCGACCCCUGUCUAGAACAAUGGGAGAACGAUCCACUGUUCAAGGGCACAUACUCGACCAACGGAAUCGCCAUCGCCAUCAUCCGCAAGUCCUCCACAGCCGAAGACGAACCUGAUCUGUUGAUCUCCGGUGCGCCUGUGAACUUCCCCGGCUACUACCCCAACUACUCCUACGAGGGCCUCAAAGACGCCCAGCACUGGACCUGGAUUACCUUGAAAUCCAAGAGCCGAAACAACGCCGGCACCGUGCAGCUGCGCUCGACCGACCCCCGUGACACGCCAAUCAUCAAUUUCAACUCCUUCGAUUCUGGAGUGACCGCAAACGACGCCGACGAAAAGGAUCUGCAAGCCGUUUACGAAGCGAUGCAGUUCUCCCGCACGAUCUUCGAUGACUUGAUCCCACUCGAUGGCGGUUUCGACGAAGUCUGGCCCGGCCCCAAUGUGACCAGCGAGGCUGAUAUGAAGGACUUCAUCAAAAGGGAGGCCUGGGGACAUCACGCCUGCUGUACAGCAGCUAUUGGAGAGGAUGGUGACUCCGAGGCUGUGUUGGAUUCUGACUUUCGGGUUCGUGGCGUUGAUGGCCUGCGUGUUGUUGAUGCUUCUAUCUUCCCUAAGAUUCCCGGUUACUAUAUAGCCCUGCCUAUUUACAUGAUUAGUGAGAAGGCAGCGGAGGUUAUUAUUGCCAAUGCGGCGUGA